AUGAAGGCAGACUGUGCAGCCGGAUCUCCAGGGAAUGAAUGGAUUUUCUUCAGCAACAAUGAAAGAACUGACUGUAAAAAUACACACUAUAAGAAAACAAUGUUCAUCCAAGGACUGAAAGGCUCUGUCAUCCUCUGGGCGUUUUUCCUCACGAGAGCUGUUACUGGAUUCCCAGGAGAAGGACAAUCUAUAUGGAAAAAAGAUCGUAAUUUUAAUCCUAUGAAUGAAACUCAAAUGUUUCUAUAUGACACUUUCCCAAAAAACUUUUUCUGGGGUGUAGGAACUGGAGCAUUUCAAGCAGAAGGAAGUUCGAGAAAAGAUGGUAAGGGACCCUCAAUAUGGGAUCACUUCAUCAGCACAAACCUUAAAGAUGUCAACAGCACAGAUGAUUCCAGUGACAGCUAUGCUUUUCUGGGGAAAGACUUGUCUGCGCUGGAGUUUUUGGGAGUUUCUUUCUAUCAGUUUUCAAUUUCCUGGCCAAGGCUCUUUCCAGAUGGGAUAGUAGCAGCUGCCAAUGAGAAAGGACUCCAGUAUUAUAAUACUCUCCUCGACUCUCUUAUACAUAGAAACAUUGAGCCUAUAGUUACUUUAUACCACUGGGACUUGCCUCUAGCACUACAAGAAAAAUAUGGGGGGUGGAAAAAUGAAACCAUAAUAAAUAUUUUCAACGACUAUGCAACUUACUGUUUCCAGACAUUUGGGAAUCGUGUUAAAUACUGGAUUACAAUACACAACCCGUAUCUAGUUGCUUGGCAUGGCUAUGGUACAGGUAUGCAUGCACCAGGAGAGAAAGGGAACUUAGCAGCUGUUUAUGCUGUGGGACACAACCUGAUCAAGGCUCACGCCAAAGUCUGGCAUAACUACAAUACAAACUUUCGGCCACAUCAGAAAGGUUUAUUAUCGAUCACCUUGGGAUCCCACUGGAUUGUACCAAACAAAUCAGAAAACAAUCUGGAUGUCCUUAAGUGCCAACAAUCCGUGACUUCCGUGAUGGGAUGGUUUGCCAACCCUAUCCAUGGGGAUGGGGACUAUCCAAAAAUAAUGAAGGACUUAAUUCCCCUUCUCCCCCAGUUCUCCGAAGAGGAUAAAAUGGAGGUGAGGGGCACAGCUGAUUUCUUUGCCUUUUCCUUUGGACCUAAUAAUUUCAAACCUCCAAGCACCAUGGCAAAAAUGGGGCAAAAUGUAUCACUCAAUUUAAGAGAAGUACUAAAGUGGAUUAAACUGGAAUACAACAACCCAGAGAUACUCAUAACUGAGAAUGGCUGGUUCACAGACAAUCACGUGAAAACAGAAGACACAACAGCGAUCUACAUGAUGAAGAAUUUCCUUAAUAAAGUUCUUCAAGCAAUAAAGUAUGAUGAAAUAAGGGUGUUUGGUUACACAGCUUGGUCUCUGCUGGAUGGCUUUGAAUGGCAAGAUGCUUAUACCACCAGACGGGGAUUGUUUUAUGUGGAUUUCAGUAGCAAACAGAAGGAAAGAACACCCAAGUCCUCUGCACAUUACUACAAACAAAUCAUAAAAGAGAAUGGCUUCAUCUUAAAAGAGUCCACACCUGACGUGCAGGGUCAGUUUCCCUGCGACUUUUCCUGGGGCGUUACUGAAUCUGUUCUAAAGGCUGAGUCAGUAGCUUCUUCACCACAGUUCAAAGACCCUCACUUAUACUCAUGGAAUGUCUCUGGCAAUGGACUGCUACACCGAAUACAAGGGGUGACAAUAAAAACAAGAGCUGCUCAAUGCACUGAUUUUGUCAGCAUCAAAAAACAACUUGAAUUGUUGGCAAAAAUGAAAAUUACCCACUACAGGUUUGCCCUGGACUGGUCCUUAAUUCUGCCCAGCGGACAUGUGUCUGGAGUUAACCGGCAAGUUCUUAGGUAUUACAGAUGUGUGAUCAGCGAGGUGAUGAAACUCAACAUUUCAUCCAUGGUCACCUUAUACCAUCCAACUCACACUUACUUAGGCCUACCUGCACCUUUGCUCCAGAAUGGAGGAUGGCUAAACCGGUCAACUGUUCAUGCUUUUCGGGACUAUGCAAAUUUGUGUUUUCAGGAACUUGGAGAUUUGGUAAAGCUCUGGAUCACUAUCAACGAACCCAACAGACUGAGCGACAUAUACAACAGCAGCAGCAAUGACACAUACAGGGCAGCUCACAAUUUAUUGAUUGCCCAUGCCCUGGUCUGGCAUGUCUACGAUAGCCAGUAUAGACUUGCUCAGAAUGGGGCAGUCUCUCUGUCUCUGCAUGCAGAUUGGGCUGAACCUGCCAAUCCCUUUGCUGACUCCCACUUGAAAGCAGCCGAGAGAUUUCUCCAGUUUGAAAUUGCGUGGUUUGCAGAGCCCAUUUUCAAGACAGGAGACUACCCAGAAGCAAUGAAGGAGUACAUUGCCUUCAAGAAUAAGGAGGGACUUUCUAGUUCUGUGCUGCCACACUUCACAGAGGAGGAAAGGAGGCUUAUCAAAGGCUCGGCUGACUUCUACGCCCUGAAUCACUUUACCACAAGAUUUGUCAUCCAUGAGCAGCAGAAUGGUAGUCAGUAUGAUUUUGACCGAGAUGUCCAGUUUCUGCAGGACAUCACAUGCCUGAGCUCCCCAACCCGCCAGGCAGUGAUGCCAUGGGGAGAGCGAAAGAUGCUCAACUGGAUCCAGAAAAAUUAUGGUGAUGCAGAUGUCUAUAUCACAUCCAAUGGGAUUGAUGAUCAGUCCCUGGAAAAUGAUGAACUCCGAAAAUACUACUUAGAAAAAUAUAUCCAGGAAGCUUUAAAAGCUUACCUAAUUGAUAAAAUCAAGAUAAAAGGCUAUUAUGCGUUUAAAUUGACAGAAGAAAAAUUUAAACCCAGAUUUGGAUUCUUCACAUCCGAUUUAAAAGCAAAGUCCUCAAUACAGUUUUACAACAACCUGAUCAGCAGGAGGGGCUUCCCUUCUGAGCAUACCAGUUCUGAAUGUGUAGAGAGUCACCAUAACAGACAGUGCAUUCUCUGCUUAUUUCUUGAGAAGAAGAAACCACUGAUAUUCUUUGGUUGUUGUCUCUUUUCCACCUUGGUCUUACUUUUAACAGUUACCAUUUUCCACAAGAGGAAGAGAAAAAAAUAUUAUAAGGCAAGGAACUUACAACAACAUAUUGUGAUUCCAUUGAAGAAAGGUCAUAAGAGUAUCCUCAGCUAAACUGGUCUUAUUUCCAUCUGCCUUGAAAAGGCAAUGACUAAGCUCACUCCACUUUCCCCAUUCCAAGUACGUUAAAGAAACAUAUGCGUGUAGAAAGAAGAAAUGCUGGGAUAUUAGUUGUAACCAAGGGAAUGACCAUGGAUUUGUAGGAUGGUCCAUAUUAAUUUUCCCUUAGGAGCUGAUGUCAACAAAUUAAGAGUGGUGGCGUUUGAAUAUAAAAUCUUUGCUUAAACAGACUUUGAGCUGUGGAAUUGCCAUGUACCUAGGUGUCUUGUAAAUUCUAACAAGUUCCUUUUGGUCACUCUACAUUUACAUGUAUAGAUAUGGGUUGGUGGUUACAAUAUAAGCAGAACCUUUAAAACAUAAAAUUGCCUUUUUGGUUCAAUUCUAUAGCAAAGAAUUUUAAUUCUUUCUUAAACCAGAAAGGCAGCAACAUAUUUGUUUAUAAAUCCCACUUUCCACAAGGGACUUUCUCUUUAUGUCAGAGUAUACUUCCUAAAUGACUCAAGAAAAGGAAUAUAAGUAAAAGAAAUAAAGAAUAUGGAGCAGAAACUGGCUAUUCUCUAGUGAGUUACAGGUCAAAAUCUUGCAGUCAUAGCUUCUCAGAAUUGGAAGUGGCCUCAAGUACAGGGUCCAACCUGUACUUGAAUGAGAUCCAGUGGUUAUCCAGCCAUUGCUUGAAAAGCCUUAAGCAAAGCGACAUCUUCUACCUUUUGAAGCUGCCCAGCCCAUUUUUGGGUAGCUCUAACUGUGAAGUAGCCUUCUCUUACAUUGAACUGAGCUGAAAUUUUCUAGUUCUGUUUUCUGGGGUCAAACAAAACAAAUCUCAGUUCUCUUCUACUUCAAAGCCCUUCAAAUACUUCAAGAAAGCUAUCUGGUCUACCCUGCCUUCUCCAGGUAAAGCAUCCUCAGUUCCUUCAACUAUUCCUAUAAUGGCAGGAUCUUAAAGCUUUUCACUGUCUCAGUUGCCUUCCUCUAGAAGGGCUCCAGUUUAUUGAGGUUCUUCCAAAAUUUAGCCAAAACUCAACACUCCCUCCCAUAGCCCUUCCCACUGGGGAAAGAAAGCAUAAGAAAACAACGUUGAUUAUCUGAAUCUUACAAAAUCUCUCACUUGAUUAUUAAAUUUAUGUGGAUACUGACUACAAAACAUAAAACAUGCAAUGGAAUCUUUGGUUACAUAUGAGAUCAUGGGAUUAGGAGUGAGGAGACCUGGGUUCCGGGAUAAUUUUAGGCAAGCACCUUAAUUUCUUCCUCUGACAAAUGCUGAUAAAAAUCCCUGCCUUACCAAUCUUCCCAAGUUGAAUGAUCACAGAUUAAAAAAUGCUUUGAAAAGUUAAGAUACCAUACAAAUGUAAAGUGUUUUUCUAAAAAAUCACCUAGAUUAGUCUUAAAUAAGACCAAAUUAUUAAAUGACUCCUUUUCCCUGACUUACACUACUUCUAAUGCCAUGUUCAAAUAUGGCCUGUCUCUAUGUAUAGAGACCAGGCACAGUAUCUGAGUUUAGCAAAUUUUCUGGAUUCAAACCCUGUCAUUUAAUUUAGAUCCUAACUUUCCUCAAAGCUCACCUCUUAGGAAAUGAAAUCAGGCAGGUUCUGUGUUUGAACUUUGUUGGAAAAGGAACAUUUCCUAAAGCAAGGUAUCUCUAAGACAGAAGAUCAUAAUAUUCUCUAAGUCUGAGGCAAAAUUAAUAGAAGCCUUGACUUUAUGCCAUCCCAUAGUUCCUUCCUAUAAGUUUACACCACAAAAAUAGUGAGCUCUUAGUUUUAGUCAGCAUUUAUUAAACACCAGCUCUCUAUAGAGAAACUGACUGUCUACCAGUAGCUGACAGAUUGCUAGAUUUGGAGUUCUUAACCUUGCUAUGUCAGUGACUAGUCAGGUAAAAGCCUUUGGGUUCCUCAGAACAAUUUAAAUGCCCCAAAUAAAAUAAUAUUAAUGAACAAAAUAAAAUGUUUUUAAACUUAUGAAA